UCUGUUUACUGAACGUUUCACGAAUAUUCUCAAAAAGAAAGAUUCAGCUGGAAAACGCUUUUGAAUGUACGAAAACAGAAAGGAAAAAGACUCUAUAGAGAUAUAAUACUUAUAUUCAUACACGUUUCUUCUGCGAAGGGUUUUCGUCGUUGCUUUUUGUUUAUUCUUUUGCGUUGUGUAGUGCAGAAGAGUGGCCAAACUAACCACCAGAAAAAUCGUCAAAAGAAACGAAAAAGUUUAUAAGACGAGCUUGAGGCCUGUUAUUCUUUCUGUAUAUUAGUAAAUUUCUGUUUUCCUUUAUUAAUCCAUCUUGUACUUGUAUUGAGGUGUUUUGAAGGGCAGUUACUUUGCUUACCUUAAAAAAGAGUCGCCUCCCUUGAAGUCUGCCCAGAAAAGAGACCGCUAAAACAAGCUCUCUUGUCUUCUACCAACAAUAGCAAAAUCUUUUUUACGAAAAUCUUUGCUCUUGCAAAUUGAUUGAUAUUUUCCUGUCUCUGGUUUGCUUUUCGUUUGUGAGCGUUGGGAUUCUUAAAGAUUCAAUUUCUAUGGUGGAAAAAAAUAUUUAUUCAUCUAUAUUGGAAAUUUUUUUUUUAGCUGGCAGAGACUCGACUCAUUAUACAUAAAAAGGAAAAGUAACGAUGGCUGACGAGGCUGUUUACGUUUUAACAGAUUAUUUGCAGUCCUUGGAUAAUCUUCCAGAUGAGACCAAGCACAUCUUUGAUGAAAUAGGUGUUAAGGAAAUGGCGCUUCAUGAUCUGGGCAAACAAAUCCAAACGGCGGACCAACAGAUUCAAUCUCAUGUCAAAUCUCAAGGUUCCCAUAUUCCUCAUCCCAAAGAAGAGUCUCUUUACACUGCUAUAAGAGAAAACUAUGAAAAGGCCAUCCGUAUUCAAAAUGAAAAAGUCCAACUUGCAGAGCGCGCACGAGCAGUAUUAAUGAGACAUAUAAAACGAUUGGACGACAAGCUUGUUAAGUUAGGUCCUGGAUUUACCCCAAUGGAAUUAUUAAGUCAAGCAAAUGACUUAUCUCUUUCUUCUGGUUCCAUGUAUUCCCCUGCUGGCGUUUCGAGUGCUCGUCAAACACCGGUACAGGCUCGCCAUGGUGCUGGACGGCGGCAAAGUUCGGCUUUCGGUCGGACUACCUCUCAAAAUGGAGGCUUCCAGUAUGGUAUGGUGGAUGGCGUUGGCACCGGUCGAACGCAGAAAGCCUCUGGUGCAGCUUCCAAAGCUCCCGUCAAAGCCGGAGCUGCUGCGUACAGUGGAGCGGUUUCUGAAGAUGAGGAAGAACAGGAAGAGGAGGAUAACGAGAAAUAUUGUUUCUGCCAGCAAGGAUCUUAUGGUCAGAUGGUGGCUUGUGAUAAUGAAGAUUGCGAACGAGAAUGGUUCCAUAUGGAGUGUGUCGGUCUAAGAGCACCUCCAGAAGGUACUUGGUACUGCGAAGCAUGCCGUGAAAAAAUUGGAAACUAAAUAAGAAAUUGACUAGAUUUCAGAACAGCAUCAUUUCAUUCAGUUUUGCAUUGCGAUUGCACAACUCUGUUUUACUACUAGAUAAUUUUUCAUGUACUAAUAAUAAUUUUCUG